ACAGGCUGUAAGGAUCAGGGAAAAGCUAUUGCGGCAACUAUUCAUGGCUAGUGUUCAGACUAUGGGCGAUCACAAUAACCUUAAAGCAGAAAAAGAAACGACGGCUUCAGACACAAAGUCACUGAACUGGCUAAAUAUUUCCUGUUUCUACAUCUUCGGUAUUAUCUCCUUCUUCAAUGUGGAAAUGUUUUCUGUAGCAGCACAGGAUAUCCUAAGCGGCCGAGACGUUCCGACAGCUAUCUUAAUCACUUGUUAUGAAGGUCCCUUGUUGAUGGCCAAACUAGUCAUCCCUUGGUUUCAGGAGAAGAUUCCCUACGUGGCGAAGAUGUUUUUUAUCGCCUCCUUUAUGAUUCUUGGAUUGUCUUUGGUCGUUUUCGCAAACGACUUCAGAGCAAAGAUUUUAGGAGUCAUGCUAAACGCCAUGGCUGCUGGUGCUUGUGAAGCGACCUCUCUUGCACUGGCUUCAUUCUAUCCAAAGAUAUGUAUCAGUACUUUCGUCGCUGGCACUGGAUCUGGUUGUUUGAUCGGCGCUCUUUACUACACAGUUCUCACGACAUGGACUUGUGUCUCUCCUAAGAUCACUAUGAUGAUGGUAAUUCCCCUUCCCCUGGCAGUCUUGAUGUCCUAUGCACUGCUGAGCAAAGACUAUCUCCCAGACAAGUCACAAAACAGCUCCGAGGAGCACAAACAGGUGAAGUACUCCAUCGUAGGAUCCACUCCUGACACCAUGAUGGAUCAGGAAGCGCCUACUCGCCAAAAGCUAACAUGCGACGAAAUGCUGAAGAUCGCAUGGAAAAUGAGUUCAGUCACUAUUUCUCUAUUUUUGAGCUUUUUAGCUGAGUAUAUCUCAGCUGUAUCCGUGGUUACGACGAUUUCUUUCCCUAAUUCGCAUUUUCUCCCUCGCGAUCACUUCCUUAUUUAUCUGCUCUCGUACUUCACCGGUAGAUUUGUUGGUCGAGGCUAUUUGCUGCUAUUUGCUUGGCUGCUCCCUGAUGAAAAUGAAUUUCUUCAUUGCAAUAAAACCUGGAUUUUCACAAUGCUGCAGAUGGCGCAACUGACUUUGUUGAUAUUCAACUCGUUGUACCAUUUCUUCACGUACAUCUGGAUAAUAAUCUGUAUUUGUUCAACCCUUGGUCUGGUCGGCGGAAUGAUGUGCGUGAACGCACCCCAUGCCAUUGCACAGCACGUUGAGUCCGAGGAGAGAGAGUUUGCUUUAGGACUGAUGUCAGCUGGGUCAUCUUCGGGUGUUUUAGUGGGUGCGUUGAUUGGGCUGGCUGUGGAGUCAAGUCUUAGAAAGCAUUGUGUCGAACAUUACCCAAACAUCAAAGAGUUCUGCUUCACAAGAUAUCACAAUACCACUGGAUGGGAAACUAAUAUUCACUGUUAAAGUUUGUUAUAUAUUCUGGUGCCUUAGAGCAUGCACGCGCUUAAGGCCAAAACCAACCAGCCAAACAAAUUAACAAACAAACAAACUGACACUGGGACAAAAGUCUAAUCAAACCUUUGUUUAUAUCGACUUUUAGCGAGGGUAUUUAACCACUAAAUUUAUGUUUUUUUCCCGGAAACAAAGACGUUUUUUGUCCGCCAGAUUGAAAACACUUUGCCGGAAAAAACUUUCUGAGACCAAUGAGCGGUGUUAUGGGUCGAACGUAUCAUGAUCUGAUGAGGAUCUUCCCCUCCAAAACCAAGUUUGCUUGAGCAUGUAACUUCUUUUAAAAUCCUGCUUUGUUUCAACAGAGCGGAAAAAAAUU